AUGAAGUCACAGUUUGGUACCUUCACAGAGGAGAGUUAUGAAGGUAAUCCACUUCUCUGUGGACCACCAUUGGAGAAGAAAUGCACUACAAAUUCACAGGUGACCAAUCCAUCAGUCGAAGAAGACCAUGAGAAAUGGUAUGAUAUCAAUAUGACAUAUUUCUAUGGAAGUUCUAGUUCGACAUGUUUUGUGUUGUUAUUGGGAUUUGUUGCAAUUCUUUACACCAAUCCUUGGUGGCGUAGAAGGUGGCUAGACUGGGUUGAAGAUUGUAUGUAUACAUGUUACUACUUCCUUUAUGAUUUAGUAUGGAAGCCUUCUAUGAUCUUCCGUAGGUAG